AUGGCGAGCAUUAGUGUGACCAGAAGAGGGCAUGACCCGCAGCAUAACAACAGCCAGAUCUCUUUGCAGUCUGUUGGCCACGAAGAGUUUGACCCCUACGAGAUGCGACAGGAUGGAGACGAAGAAUUCUGUCAACCAACACGAGCAGCCCAGCCUGGGACAAAAGCCGGAGUUUACGAAGCCACAUACGCCACCAAGCCCGGCCACGGAAGAACUCCGAGUCGGACGCUAUGGACAAGCAGAACCACACAUGAGAAAGUCCAGCGCAACCUCGAGAAACGAUUCCAGAACAGAUGGAGCUUUUACCACAUGCGCAGGGUCCUCUGGCCCAGGCACGAGGUCGACGCCGACCCAGAGACCAUCAUCCGCAGACAGGCGACCGAAUUCGAAGAGGCACAUUCCUGGGAGGACCCCAAGGGCGAGGUGGUCAAGACGGACGACGGCAAAUACGAGUACCGGAACGGGUUCCACCAGGUCCGGGGCAAGUUCAGGGACACGGCCGUCUACCUCUCGCCGACGCGUGCCCUGCCGCGGCGCCUGGUUGUACAAGCGACGGGGCUGGUGUUGGCGCGUGCCGGGGCCGGUGACGACACGGGCGACUGGAUACGCACCAACGUCAAGGGAAGCGUCCCGACCGUGCUAAAGGUCUCGGAGUGGGCCCUCAGGCCUCUCGAUUCUGGGAGGUGGUGGGACAAGAUCCACGCUGCCCUGCGCAUGGUCGUCGUCUCUGUCCCGUUACAGCUGAUGCUCGCCCUGCCUUUCUCGGAUUGGGAAUCAGAUAGCGAGAUGGCAUCCACCUACACCGAGUUCCAAGGGUUUCACUGGGACUGGCCGAAAUACUCCAUCAACGUUCUCGAUGAGGCUCCCGGGCCAGAUGGAAAUCCCAGACGUCAAGGUGAACACGAGGUAGACGUGCGGAGGAGGUCCAUGCGGCCUCACAGGAUCGUUGUCAAGAAGGGGGAUGAGUGGGUCCUUGUCGACGCGAAACAGUACCCCUCUAUCCGAUAUGUAUUCAUCAGCUACCAGUGGAAGCAGUUCCAGACUGGCCCGAACGGCGAGGCAGACCAGGAAAAGAUUCUACGGAUGGCCAGACAGAUCGCGACGGACAAGGGCUACAAGGCAUACUGGUUGGACAUCCAGUGUAUCACCCCGGAAAAUGGACUUGACAAGGACCACGACGUCUACACCAUGUGCGACAUCGUGCGAGGCUCCGCCUUGGUAACCAUUCUGCUCAACGAAAACACGGAACAGGCGCGGGUCAACUGGGGCUCUCGCCUGUGGACUCUGCCCGAAGGGAUGUUGGCGCCUGGGGAUAGUGUCGUCUGGUGCCACGAGACUUCCCCAGGGACUCUUCACCACGAGGAGGUCCACAAGAUCGAGAUGACUUCCACAUUCUGGGGAGAGCCCGACGAGCAUCUGUACGAGGGCGGCUCGCCGAUCCGCAACCUCGCAGAGCACUACUCGGGCCUCCUGACCCUGAGCCGGCUGGAGCUCCUGCCGUCCAUCAUCAACGCGCUGGCGGCAAAGGGCUGGACGAACAAGCAGGAGGGCCACUCAGACCUGGCCUACGCGGUGAUGGGUUUCCUCCACUACCGCCUCGAGCGCAACCCGGAGGACACGCUCUUCCAGAACCUGGCCCGGCUCUCGCUGGGCAACGACUCGGACCAGAUCAUCGAGCGGAUGAUCUCGAUCCUGCCCCAGGAGCUCCAGGCCCACACCUACCUCCCCGACCGGCUCCUCGACGACAGCGACCUCUUCCGGGCACUCGCCUUCCCGGACCAGUUCGGGACGCGCCUCCACGGGGUCACGCCUCUCUGCGACGUGGUUGGCGUCGCACACGCGGACAAGACAGUCGUCAUUGACAACUGCAAGGCCAUUCACAUCCGAUGGAAGCGGUUCCCCAGGCCCGUGGUGGAGCGGCGCAAGGGCAUGAAGAAGAUCAUCGCCGCCUUCUUCGUCGCUGCCGGGCUGUGGUGGCUGCUGCUGGGCCUCCAGCUCGCCAUCCAGUGGCUCCCCUUCUGGGCGAGCUGGGCCGGCGAGGGCGUCAAAAGGGAAUACCUCGCCUGGCUCUGCAGCGGCUUCCUCCUGAUCGCGGUCCUGCUGUCGACGGCGGCGCCCAUCUCCGUCAGGCGGCUGUUCGGCGGCACGGUGGAGAAGAGCAGCCCGAACCUGGUCGCCUUCGAGGGCGUCAUGCCCAUCGGCGAGCUGGAGAAGGUCGUCUUCGGCAACGACAACGGCCGCCUGACCUACGCCCCGUCGUCGACGCCGCUCUGCGCGCUCCCCUUUGCCCGCCACCCCCGCGAGAGGAGGGGCCAGGAGCCGCACUGGAUAUCGCACCCCGAGACGGCCCAGGACUACCUCCACGGCGCGGUCCCCGAGGGCCACCGCCUCUUCACGCUCGUCGACAUGGGCGACCUGAGCGUCUCCGUCUUCUCCGCCGAGCGGCCGCCCACCGUGGCGCUCCUCUGCGGCCGCGAGGGCGGCAUGGUGCGCGCCGUGCUUUGCAGCUGGAGGUUCGAGAACGACUGCCUCUACAAGGAGACGGUGAUACGAGUUCCGUCCACCGUGCAUGAGGCGGCCACGCCAAAGGGGUGGUUGAAGCUGUGCCUGCAGACGCAGAAUCAGGCUAGGUGGAAGAGAGAGACGAGCGUGAAACAGCCACAGGUCAAGCAGGAGGCUUGA